CACCCCGGCACCGCCCCCCCCGCACCGCGGCGGCGGAGGAGCCGCGGGGAUGGAGGGCGAUGGGAUGCAGAGCCCGGUUGCCAUUAAGGGUAUAGAACGAGAGCUCAUCUGCCCAGCAUGCAAGGAAUUAUUUACCCAUCCGCUCAUCCUUCCCUGCCAGCACAAUAUAUGUCACAAAUGCAUGAAAGAAAUACUCUUUGCAUUUGAAGACUCUUUUGGCGAUGGAGGUUCUGAAUCUUCUAAUCAGAGUAGCCCUCGAAUUAAGAUCUCUUCUUCUAGCAUGGACAGAAUUGACAGGAUUAGUAGAUCAGCCUCACAGAGGAGGUCUUUUGGGUGGAGAGGAUUUGGUAUCUAUACAGGCAGAAAACGCAAUUCACUGACUCCUAGAUCGACUCUAUUUCCUUGUCCGGGUUGCCAGCGGGAUAUUGAUCUUGGAGAACGUGGCAUGAAUGGCUUAUUUCGCAAUGUCACUUUGGAAACCAUUGUGGAAAGAUACAGACAGGCAGCCAGGGCAGCUGUUGCUAUCAUGUGCGAUUUCUGCAAACCUCCACCUCAAGAGUCCACAAAGAGCUGCUUGGACUGCAGUGCAAGCUAUUGCAAUGAGUGUUUCAAAAUGCACCAUCCUUGGGGAACUGCGAAAGCCCAGCAUGAAUAUGUAGGACCAACCACCAACUUCAGACCCAAGAUUUUGAUGUGUCCGGAACAUGAAAUGGAAAGAGUGAACAUGUAUUGUGAAAUCUGCAGAAGACCUGUUUGUCAUCUUUGUAAACUGGGUGGAUGUCAUGCAAACCACAGAGUAACAACCAUGAGCACUGCCUACAAAACCCUUAAGGAGAAACUUUCAAAAGAUAUCGAUUACCUCAUCAGUAAGGAGAGCCAGGUGAAAGCUCACAUCACACAGCUGGAUCUGCUGCUGAAAGAAACAGAGUGCAAUAGUGAAAGAGCUAAAGAAGAAGCAACUCAGAGCUUUGAGAAAUUGUUUCAUGUCUUGGAAGAGAAGAAAACUGCAGCUCUUAUGGCAAUUGAAGCUUCUAAGAAUUUAAGGCUGGAAAAAUUGCAGACGCAAACAGAAGAAUAUCAGGGGCUUCUUGAAAAUAAUGGCCUUGUAGGAUAUGCUCAAGAAGUGCUUAAAGAAACUGAUCCAUCUUGUUUUGUUCAAACAGCAAAACAACUUCAUGUCAGAAUCCAGAAAGCUACUGAAUCUUUGAAGAGCUUCCGGCCAGCCGCUGAAACUACUUUUGAAGACUUUAUAGUGGACAUAGCCAAGCAAGAGGAGGUCCUUGAUGUCUUGUCCUUCCAUUCCAAUGGUAUAGAAAUACCAGAAAUCAAUGAAGAGCAGAGCAGGAUGUACAACAAAGCUCUGAUCAGUUGGGAAUACCCUGGGAAGACAGACUUGGCUGAUGUCUUUGUUCUUGAAUAUCACAAGCUUAAUAGAGAAGAGGACAGUGUGACGUGGAAGGAGGUUGAAGUUUACGGCAAGAGCAAAGUAAUAUCUGAUCUUGAUGAUGACAGCAGCUAUGCCUUUAGAGUUCGAGGAUAUAAAGGGUCUAUCUGUAGCCCUUGGAGCAGAGAAGUUGUUUUGCGUACGCCUCCAGCUCCAGUUUUCAGCUUUCUUUUUGAUGACAAAUGUGGGUACAACAGUGAACACCUCCUGCUGAACCCAAGAAGAACAUCUGUGGAGAGCAGGGCUGGUUUUCCACUACUGUUGGGAUCUGAGCGCAUGCAGGUCGGAUGCUACAUAACCCUGGAUUACAUCAUUGGUGACACUGGAAUUGCCAAAGGAAAGCACUUCUGGGCUUUUCGUGUGGAAGCUUAUUCGUACCUGGUGAAAGUGGGAGUUGUUUCUAGCAACAAGAUGCAGAAAUUGUUCCAUAAUACCCACGAUACGACCAGCCCAAGGUACGAUCAAGACAGUGGUCAUGACAGUGGGAGUGAAGAUGCCUUCUUUGACUCAUCGCAGCCUUUCACACUGGUCACUUUAGGCAUGAAGAAAUUCUUUAUUCCCACGACACCUGCUGCUCCCAAGGAUCCAGCAAGCAGAAUCCUUCCCCUGCCGUCAUGCUUGGGCAUCUGCCUCGACUGUGACAAAGGCAGGGUGGGGUUUUACGAUGCAGGGCGUAUGAAAUGCCUUUAUGAGUGCGAGGUGGACUGUUCCGGCAUGAUGUACCCAGCAUUUGCCUUAAUGGGUGGCGCGGCAGUUCAUCUGGAAGAAGCCGUCACAGAAAAGUAUGAGGAGUACAAUGACGACAUCUAGUGCAGUAAUCUCUUCCUAUUGCUGUUCUGAGGUGGAAGAUGAGAACAGAAGAAAUCUACCAGAGUUUUCAGUCCUGGUUAAUUAAAUUAUAGCUGUGUAUUGCUCACAGACCUCUGGGCCACCUUUUUUUUUGAACAAACAGUCCAGACACUUCCCACACCAGUGGGAAAUGUUCUUCCAGGAGCUCUCCUGCCUUUCGUGUGAUCUGUGCGAUGCUUUUCUCCACAGAAUUUCUUCCCGGGGGAAGCAGGGAAGAAGUUUAACUAGCAACCAAAAUUACUCUCUGGGGGUAGAAAUCUACCUUUUACGUAAGUUAAAUCCUUACCUAGUCAGUUUUGCAUUUAAUGAAGUCAAAGCUGACAGCGUGUGAUUGCCAUUCUGCUUUUAAGAAUUCUGCCUGGAUGCCUCUAAAGCAUCAAAUGUCUUUCAAUUAACCCCUGAGCAGCAGGGAUUGGGCCUUUCAGCACAAAAUAAUGUUUGCAAAAAUACAAUAUAAUGCAGGGAGAAAUCAGAACUGCAGAUGAAUAUUUGGAUUGUAUUUGGAAAGAGAAGGGUAAGAUAGAAUCUGAUUGCAUGUCAUAUACCUUUAAUGUGACUGUGAGUUAGAGCUCUUAAUUCUGACAUCUGGUGUCAUAUAGUUGAUGGCUUAAUGGUAAGUUUCUUUACUCUUCUGGGCUUUUACUAUAGGAUAUAUAAACUAUAUAAAGUGCAAUUUGACCUUAAACAUCAGACUUAAGAGUCUAAAAUCAGAAGAGUUUGCAUGUGUGAAUAUAGUAACUGGUAUUUAUGCAAAAGCAAAUGAGUUAUUGACAUGAGUAAUAACACGUGAACUUCUAAAAAAAUCAGGUAUUUCUUUUAAUACUUGUUUCUAUAAGUUAAUUUUUUGAUCUAGUAGCAGAUUGUUUUUUUUAGUAAGAAUGUUAAAAAUGCACUGAUUAAGUUUUGAGACCCAACUUCUGCCUUAAAAGAUGUCUCCCCUCAAAUUUCUGUUCCUCUCAUGUUAAAAGCUAUAUCACAGUUCUUUUUCUUAGAAUCACUGAACCACAGAAGAGUUUCAAUAGGAAGGGACCUUUAAAGAUCAUCAAGUCCAACCACCCCCAUGGUCAAGGACAUGUUUCACUAGAUCAAGUGGCUCAAGUCUCUGUCCAACCUGACACUGAGCACCGCCAGGGUUGGAACAUCCACAGCUUCUCUGGGCAACCUAUGCCAGGGUCUCACCACCCUCAUUGUUAGAAUUUUCUUCCUUAUAUGCAAUCUAAAUCAAUCCACUUUCAAUUUAAAACCGUUGCCCCUUGUCCUGUUUCUACAGGGCCUGGUAGAAAGUUUCUCUCCACAUUUCCUUUAAGCCCUCUUUAUGUAUUGAAAGGCCACAAUGAAGUGUCCCUGAAGCCUUCUCUUCUCCAGGCUGAGCAGCCCCAACUCUCUCAGCCUUUCUUCACAGGAGAGGCCUUCCAUCCGUUUUUAUACUGGAUGCCCCAGAGCAUAAUGCGUUACUCUAGGUGGGGUCUCGGGAGAGCAGAAUGGGAGAGUCACCCCCCUUGCCCUGCUGGCCACCCAGCAGCCCAGGAUACAGUUGGCUACAAGCACACAUUGCCGGUUCAUGUCAAAAUUUCCACCCACAGAUAAGCUCUUCCUCUCCCCUGUCUGUAUUGAUACUGAGGAUUGACCAGACCCAGAUGCAGGACCUUGUGCUUGGCAUUAGUGAUCCUCAUGAGGUUCGCGUUGGUCUACUCUUCAAGCCUAUCAAGGUCUCUCUGGAUGUCAUCCCUUCCCUCUAGCAAAUGAACUGCUCAGUUUCGUGUCUCACUGUCUGUGUUGUUAAUGAAGAUAUAAUAUUGGUGCCAGUACGGACCCUUGAAGGAUGCCACUCGUUGCUGGUUUCUACUUGAACGUUGAGCUAUUGACUGUAACUCUUUGGAUGCAGCCAUCCAGCCAAUUCCUUAUUCAUUGAAUAGUCCAUCCAUCAAACCCGUAUCUCUCAAAUUUAGAGGUAAGAAAGUUGUGGGGAUUGUAUCAAAGGCCUUACAGAAGUCCAGGUAUGUGACAUCUGUAGCUCUUCCCUUGUCCACUGAUGCAGUCAACUCCAUUACAGAAGGCCACGAGAUCAGUCAGGUAUGAUUUGCCAUUGGUGAACCCAUGUUGGCUGUUUCUAAUGGCCUCCCUGUCUUCCAUAUGUUUUGACAUAUCUUCCAGGAGGAUCUGUUGCUGAUCGUACUGGGCGUGGAGGUGGACUGCAUCUGUUUGUAGAAAUCUGUGUAAAAAAAACUUCGGGGUACUUGCACUGUUAACUUGUGUUGUGGAAAAAUGAGGAUCUAAAGUGAAGGAUGUUUCUAAUACAUACUUGGUGCUUUCUAAUUUGGGGAUAUGCUUUCUAAUUUGGGGAUAGUGUUGCAUCUUGAUGAAUGUGUGUGAAGUAUGCUUAAUAAGUACAUGUAUACAGCUGUAGAGCUAUGAAACGGGACCUGAAAAUCACAAUACACUUAAAUGAAUGUAGGUCAUAACGCAAAACCUUUUUGUGCUUUGCUGUCUGAACUGUCCCUACUGAUCUGACCUGGAGUCCACCCCUCCCAGUGUCCUCUCUCCAAAGCCUCUGUCUGAUGUCCACAUUCAGAAGAAAUUGUCAGAAAUGAUAAUUGGCAGAGUCAUCUGUGCCGAGGUGAGCACAACAGCUCUUUAGAGUCUAGGAAGGCCCAGCAGGGGCAGCUUCUCCUCCGAGUCUCGCCUGCAAAUGUUUCUGCCUUAGUGAGGUUGUGCAGAAGUGUGUUCCACAGCUUCAUUGUAUGCGUGUGUGAGAAACACUUUGGUGUCCCAGGCAUCAGAUGUGAAGCAAGGGGAACCUUCUGGAACUUUCUCCUGCAGGAGAAAUGGUAAAUUGUCCCUUGCUUAUUAUCCUUUAGGUCUUUUAUAUUUGUAAAUGGUUGUCAUAGCCUUUCUUUCCCUUUAUGUCCUCCCUUUCAUGUUUCAUCUUGCUGGAUGGAAGCCAUUCUGUCCUGGUGAGCAUCCUGCUUCUCCUCUUUCUCUUCUCGUCUUCUGAGGCUGACUGGAGGACCCCUCCAUACAGACAGUCUGUUGCUGUGAAGAACGACAGAAUUCUGGGGUUUCCUUCUUUCCAUAGUCCUAAAAACCAUAUUUGCCUUUUUGGUUGAUACUGUGUGUUGCAGUGACAUUUACAAAGUUUAUUCUGCAAUAUUUGCCACACGGUCGUCAUGGUUGGUUAUAAACAAGCUGUGCACAGAGUUUCUCCACCUCUUGUUAUUUUCCAUUUUUUAGUGUUGAGUUUCUUCUUCUUGUUUAUCUGUUCAGUUACUCCUGAGGGCCUCCUGCAGCUUUUCAGUCACUUCUAGAGUCGAAUGUUCCUGAGUAGCUUUAUAGGUAACACAAACAUCAUUGUCCUAUUCUUUGCUUGAUUUUCCAGAUCUUGGAGCAACUUCAGUUGUAGUGAGACACAACAAAUCUCUUUCUGCUUUUAAAAUUUAUCGUUCCUCCCACUUUUUUUUUCACUCAAUUAUUUAUUAAACCGUAAUUAGCUAGUCAAGCACAGAAGACUUUUUCGUGUUAGUACACUCUGUUGCCUAGAAGACUCACAUUUUUGUGUGUGAGAGCCUACCAGUCAAACAGACCCAGGAGGUGGGAUUUGCUCUUCAGUAGCUGUGACUUCUUCCUCUGUACAGUCAUCAUUCAUUCACCAUUUGGUAGGUCUGUUCACCUACCAAAUCCGGUAUCGGCUUAAAGCUGUAGGUUAUAGGGUUGAACCUUCAGGUUUGUUGUUCCCAGACCAAAUCUCCUUCCGUAGACAAAUGUAUCACUUAUGAAUCCUCUGUUUCAGAAACCGCUCUAAGUUGUAGGUUUUAUGUCAUGGGUAGCACUCUACAGUUCCUCAUUUAGAUUUAUAAGCAUCUGGACCAACGUCACCUUUUUACUUCAUUAAAAUACUCAUAAAUUGAACACUAUCUUAGACGCGAUGACAGUCUCACAAACUCAUCUGUUUUAAAAAAGAUUAAAUUUUACUGGUUUGAGAAUGUAGAAGUAAGAAAAAUUUAGUUUUUUUUCUUUCUGCUAUAGCUUUAUCUUACAUUCAAUUAAGAUAGGCUCUGCUAUGCAAUUCUACUGGUCAGAGACUGCCGCUACAGUAACCAUUUAUGUACCUUUUGUUAUGUCUGUAUUUAUCUCAGAAUUCUGAGUUUGAAAAAUGAUUUGGUAUUGCUUGAAUACUUGGGAUGGAUUCUUUACAGUACUCUAUGGUGCUUUCUCCGCUUACUAAAUGAAGAAACAGUCAGAGGCACUGACAACACGCUGUCAGAUUUUUUUCCACUACACUGGAAGUGUCACCUUUCAUAAAUACAGUUCAGCAGUACUUGCCUAUCCAGAUACUUAUUUUUCCAGAACAAGUUUCUUCCUACAAAACAGCACUUUACAAUGUAGACUAAGCUAAGAACGGUGUGUUAUUGUGUGGAUCUUUGUGCAAUAUAGCUGUUUGGUGACUACUGUGUGAUUUGCAAAGCUCCAUGCAGGUGUGAAUCAUGUAGACACUUUUUAGGUAUCUAAAGCUUUAAAAAAAAAGGCCUUGUUUAAAAAUAUUCUGUAAUGUAAAUGUG